UAUCCGCCAUCUCCCGCCGCAACGAUGAAAGCAGCAGUUCCUCUCAUGGCAUCUGCAACGGACUACGAAGUCGCUGCCUCGCAGCAACAGAGUGACAUAUUUCUCAUCCUUUCUCUCAUCAUCGUCGUCUCUUCUGCCGUCUUCUUAUUGAGAUGGACGAGGAGACAAGGCAGGCCACCCCUGCCUCCGGGACCCGUCGGCCUGCCGCUCCUCGGCAGCCUUCUCUCCCUCGAACCCGACCUGCAUCGCUACUUCGCCCGCCUCGCCCGCGCCUACGGCCCCGACUUCAGCCUCCGUCUCGGGACCAGGCUCUACGUCGUCCUCUCCUCUCCGGCUGCCGUCCGGGAGGUGCUCAAGGACCACGAUGUCAUCUUCGCCAACCGUGAUCCCGCGGCCACCGCCACCGCCGUCCCGGGAACACAGCAUGGUUUGCUCUGGAGCCCCCAUGGCACUCUCUGGAGCACGCUCCGCAAGGUGACCGUGCGGGAGUUCAUCGGCGGCGGCGGUUGCAACGAGGCGGUCCGCUCGCUGCUGCGGCGCGAGGUGCGGCGUGCCAUCGCUCGCCUUCGUGCCCGCGAGGGGGAGCCGGUGGAGGUGUGGGAGCUGGUCUUCUCGACGGCACUCAACGUGUUGACGAGCAUGCUGUGGGGGGGGCUGUCGGAAGACGGCGAUGUGUCAAUGAAGUUCCGGGCGGUGGUGGAGGGAGUCGUCGAGUUGCUGGGGGCACCCAAUGUGUCGGACUUGUUUCCGGUGCUGGCGGCGCUGGAUUUGCAGGGGAUGGGGAGACGGAUGAAGCGGUUGUGGGAUCGUUACGAUGUGCUCUGGAAAAAGUUUGUGGAGGACAGUGGGAGAAGGGGUGAAGAGGAUGAGGGAAAGGGUGGUAAGGCCUUCUUGCAGGUGAUGGUGGAGGUUUUAGAGAGAAGAGAUCAGAAGGACCCACUCACCAUGGAUCAUGUCAAGGCACUGUUUAUGGAACUCAUACUUGGUGGGACGGACACCACUUCGACUACGAUAGAGUGGGCGAUGGCGGAACUGAUGCGCAACCCUGACAUCAUGAGGAAGAUCCAAGACGAGCUCGACGCAGUGGUGGGGAAGGAAAGAGCAGUGGAAGAGUCGGACGUGCCCAAGCUGGAGUACCUUCGUGCAGUCACGAAAGAGACACUCCGGUUACACCCAGUGGCUCCGCUCCUCGUUCCUCGCUCGCCGAGCUCACCUUGCACCGUGGGCGGAUACACCAUUCCCAAGGGCUCCAAGGUCUUCGUAAACGUUUGGAUGAUUCAAAGAGACGCCGCCAUUUGGGGGGAGGAUGCCGUGGAGUUCAGGCCGGAGAGGUUUCUGACAGCUGCAGAUGACAAGUACGGGUUCCGUGGCACUAACUUCGCUUAUCUGCCAUUUGGAUCAGGGAGGAGGAUGUGUGCUGGGAUCUCUCUAGCAGAAAAGAUGGUGACGCACAUGUUGGCUUCCUUCCUGCAUUCCUUUCGCUGGCAACUUCCAGAGGGGGAGAAGCUUGAGCUCGGUGAGAGGUUUGGAAUUGCGUUGACGAAGGCUGAACCACUUGUUCUUGUUCCAACCGCGAGAUUUGAUGAUCCAGAUCUCUAUAGUUAACUCAAAGGGAGAAAUAUUCCAUGUCACGUAAAAUGUUGUAUCUCAAGACUCAUUGUAAUAUUUUGGCUGUUGGCAUCUGAUUCCAUGCAAUCUGCUCAAUUAUCUAUGGUCAGUGUAAUUUUCUCUGUGAAAGUAAACUAUUUAUGAGGUCAUGCAA